ACCCUCUAUCAUGGAUGAUGUUUUGACGCUCGGGUGUCUGGACAUUGCUGGGUGCUUGAUGUGCCGUAGGGGGGAAACGUGGUGCCCCGCCGUUCGGCUUUGACGCGAGCGAGCCCUGGAGCGUCGGCGUCGGCCUCUGGACUCAUGACUUCGAUCGUCCCCCCCCCCCGUGACUGCCCAAGUCUCCCCGUCCUGAGCUCCUCCGCUCCUCCAACUUCCGGCCACUGCUCCCUCUUCUCUCUCUCUCUCUCUCUCUCUGCGCUCUCACCCUCUCACACCAGUAUCCCUUGCCACCCGUCUCUGGUUAGGCCAUUCCCCGCCCCCGCGACCACCAACCACUCCCCGCUAUCGGUCCGUCCCAGCUACCUAGUCGCCGCUGCGGCUGCCAUCCACCUUCGACCUCCGAGCUCGACCUCGCCCCCCGGCCUACCCGCACAUACCCUUGACUACCCUUACGCCAUCGCGUCGAUCAAGCCGGCAACAUGAGUAGCCCGAAGCGCAGAAUCGAGACGGACGUAGGUCACAUCGGCCAUGGCUGCUUGGAAUAGGACAGGACAAAGAGCUGACGGAUUGCUUUGCUUGCUGUGACAGGUCAUGAAGAUGUAUGUGCCGUCGCCACCUUCGAAUGCGCAACCUGCCUCACGAUGGAGCCUGCGUGCGCGGAUACUGACG